CCCCAGCCAUGGAGCUGGACCAGUUCAUAGAGGACCACCUCCUUCCCGACACCAGAUUCCGUGCUGAGGUCAAUGCAGCCAUCGACAUCAUAUGUACAUUCCUGAAGGGGAGAUGCUUCCGAGACGCCAGCCACGAUGUGAGGGUCUCCAAGGUGGUGAAGGGCGGCUCCUUUGGAAAAGGCAUUGAACUGAAGGGCAGGUCGGACGCCGACCUGGUGGUGUUCCUUACCAAUCUCACCAGCUUUGAGGAUCAGUUAAAGCGACGGGGAGAGUUCAUCCAGGAAAUUAAGAAACAGCUGCACACGUUACAGAAAGAGAAAAAGUUUCAGCUGGAGUUUGAGAUGCCGGAUGAACGAUGGCCCAACUCCCCGGUGCUCAGCUUCAGGCUGAGAUCUCCUGAGCUCCAGCAGGAGGUGGAGUUUGAUGUGCUGCCAGCCUAUGAUGUCCUGGGUCCCGGCACAAACAACCACAGACCUGACCCACAAAUCUAUGCCUGCCUCAUCACUGAGUGCACCUCCCUGGGGCUGGAUGGCAAGUUCUCCACCUGCUUUACUGAGCUCCAACAAAACUUCCUGAAGGAUCGGCCACCCAAGCUGAAGAGUCUCAUCCGCCUGGUCAAGCACUGGUACCAACUGUGUGAGGAGAAGCUGAGGAUGCCGCUGCCCCCACAGUAUGCCCUGGAGCUGCUCACAGUCUAUGCCUGGGAAUGUGGGAGUAGAGUCCCUGAGUUCAACACAGCCCAGGGCUUCCGGACAGUUUUGGAACUGGUCACCAACUAUAGGCAGCUUCGAAUCUACUGGAGAAUAUAUUAUGACUUUCCAGACCGGGAGGUCUCCAAAUGCCUGCUCAGACAGCUCAGAAAAGACAGGCCUGUGAUCCUGGACCCUGCUGACCCAACAAGGAAUGUGGCUGGUGGGAACCCGGAGGGCUGGUGGCUGCUGGCAGAAGAAGCUGUGGCCUGGCUGAAGUACCCAUGCUGUAGGAAUUAUGAUCAGUCUCGUGUGCGCUCCUGGAAUGUGCUGCCAGAGGAUGAAGAGCCUCAUGAAUGUGUCCUCCUGUGA